AUGGCUUCUCUGCACUCCCCGGCCCGAAGUGCCCGUCUCCGCGCCGCUUUAUGGAGGCCCCACGCCUCCCGCCCGAGGGGGCCGUCUAAUUGGCUGCAGGACGAGAGGAAGGAAGGGCGGGUAGGAGGGGAGGGGGCCGGCCCGGCUCACCCCACCCCGCCUGCCGCCUCUGCAGGAGCCCGGCCACCCCCAGCCCGGCCACCGCGCUGCGCUUCCCGCCCGGGAGGCUGCCCUUGGAGGAGCUCCCCGAAGCGUCGCCGGGCCCCGGAAGUCUCUGGCUCCGACAGCGGGCCGGGGCCGGGGCCGAGAGCGGGGGCGCGCGGCUGCAGCGCCGGUUCUCUUCCCGAGGUCAGGCGAGUCUCUCCGCCGCACCUGCCGCCCCCUGCCCGCCGCCGCUCUGCGCACUCGCCCAACUUUGGUCCGCGCGCUGCGCAGCGCUCCUGGUUGGUCCCAAGAUGGCUGCUGGAGCUCCAGUCCUCACGGCUAUGUUCCAAGAAGAGAGGCAGAGAAGAAGGCUUGCCUCCAGGUUUAAUUAUCCCUCUUUUGAAGAACUUUUCUGAAGCACCAGGCCUCUCCAAAAGAUGUUUACAUCUCCUUGGCCAAAGAUGCCUGAAACCUGGGAAAUUUAAUUUUUUUUUCUUUUUUUUCUGGGCCCAUUGCUACCCUCAACAAUGUAGGGAUCUAUUAAUCAAGAAGAAAAAAGAAUAGGUAUCGGCUGACAUCUAGCAGCCUCUACCACAGGGACCACUUCCUAAUCAGAGAAGGCCUUCCUGGGGAAGAGACAUUUUUAAGCAGAAAGAAGGGGUGAGUCUGUUAGGUCAAAAAGCUUUGCAGAAGCAGAAAACCAACCUUUGCAUAAAGCCAGGAGGUAAGAAAUCUCAUGGAGCCUUCAAGGAACUCAUUGGAGUCCAAUACAGACCUUUUGCCCCUAAAUAUAAUGCCCUCAUCUGCCCUGCAGGAGUUUACUUUAGCUUAAGACCUGCAAAAACAUGUGUCUUCCCCUCCAUCCUAAGAGCUGGGGUCAGCUUUCCCACUUAGGUGUGAGUGCAUUUCCAUGCUACAGAGCAGACUUGCAGGUGAGAGAAGGGGAGGGACUAAAGUCCUGGAACAUGAUGGGGAGAGAGGAACCCACAAAACUGGGGGAGAUGGACCUUUGCUUCCCUCUUUCGGGCUGAGGUGGCCUCUGAGGAGAAGGGGACACAGGAGACCCUCUAAAGCCACGGCCAGAGAGGUGACACCCAUAAGAUUUUCAGUACCUUCCAAGAGGACUUGGCACCCUGCUACCUGUUUGCUUAUUUCACAUCAUAAGUACAUGAAGCAAUAUUUUAAAAUGACAACUUCCUGAGCUCUGGCCCCAUAGCAAGGAAGACUCUAAAUUCCUUUUGUUCUGAUCCCAUAGAAUUCAGCAUUGGAGGGGGGUCUGGAGGGAGCGCAAGUAGAUUUACAGGCCAGACCAUGUAAAGCAUGCUUUUUGUUGUUGUUGUUUUGGUUUAACAGCUGGGCCUGCCAAGGGCAAUUCAAAGAAAGAAGGUGUACUUUAAGUUAGCCCUAUUUUCUGGAACUGGUAGGAAUGUCUUCCUUUUUCGGGUUUCUGCCCAUGGUUACCUUGCCAGGUUUCCCAGUCCCUCCAUGUCUCCUCCCUGGCCUCAUCCCAGCUUCUGGGGCACGAUUUCCCAUCACAUCUGCCUUGGGACGAGUGCCCAGCCAUCUUCCAUGAGGGCCUCUGGACAGAGAGGCCUCCACAGCUGGAGACACACAGACCUCUGGCAACCCCAGGCCGGGGAGCCACUGGGAAGCGAUUUGAUUGUGUGCUCACCCAGCCCUGCUCCGUGGCCGUGACACAGCCCGAUUACUCCCUUCUCCCAGGAGCUUCCUAUCUCCGGCUGAGUUGCUGUUUGGAAAAUGUGCGGCUCAGAAAGGGGAAUAGAAGGUGGUAGCAUCAUAAACUGGGAAGCAAAGGGUAUUUACAUAUUUUCAGGAGAUGUCCAGGCUGCUGGACAUGUUGGGUGACAGGUUUAUUGUUGUUCCUUGGAGAAGUGAGUCCUAACUCUUUAAACCUGCCAGAGUCAUCACUACCAGGAUCUGACUCUCAUCUCUUAGAAGGCAUUACAUUGCUUUAAUAUGCAACAGUCUAACAUAACAUUAAAUCAUUUUUUAAAGUUUCAUCUAGUUGAGCCUGAGCCAAGGUAUUCUUGGGUUGGGUUUUUUUUGCACAGCCCCCGCCCCCCUUUUAAUAGAGUUAAAAAGAAACACCGACAAAAUACCUAUCGAGUGAUUUCACUCUUGCCAGCGUCCAAGAGUGAUCUGCGUAAGUGGGCCCUCUGGGUUUCCAGCAGCCUCUCACUGUGGCUUCACCCUCAAGAUCAGUGAGUAUUUUCAAGGGCCCACCGCAUGCACCGGCCUACGAAGUGGGAGGUGGAAGGAUGUGGUGGGCUGGCUGCUGACUAGAAAAUUCUCCGUUUUCUAAGGGGUGUCAAGGACUUGGUUGGAGAGACUAGGGAAAGUGCAAAUGCUUUUGCCUCCAUUUCAUAAAGCAAUGCUUUUGCAAAGCUGUCACCUCAUCUCUGUUCCAUUCCCUCCGCAAAAAAUCACUCAAUCACAGAAUAAGGGCAGCCCUGUGAGGAAGGCUUCUUUCCUCCACCCACCAAACCAUCCUAUACUCCUCCUCAUGCAGGACACCUUUUUUUAAAAAAACUCUCUCUCUUUUUUUUCUUUGCUUUUUAGGGCCACACCUGUGGCAUAUGGA